GAUUCUCCAAAUCCCUAAACCCCCUUCUCCCCAGUUCCCGCCCUCUCUCGAAUCACACCCCUUCCCUUUCCGGCGCGUGAAGAGCAGCCACCAUGGGAGAGCGUAAGGUUCUGAACAAGUACUACCCGCCGGACUUCGACCCGUCGAAGCUCCCCCGAGUCCGGCGACCCAAGAAUCAACAGAUCAAGGUCCGUAUGAUGCUUCCGAUGAGCAUCCGAUGCAACACCUGCGGCAACUACAUCUACAAAGGCACCAAGUUCAACUCGAGGAAAGAAGACGUCGUCGGCGAGACGUAUUUGGGGAUUCAAAUCUUUAGGUUUUACUUCAAGUGCACCAGGUGCUCGGCGGAGCUUGCAAUGAAGACGGACCCGCAGAACUCGGAUUAUGUGGUGGAGGCCGGGGCGACUCGGAAUUUCGAGCCGUGGCGUAAUGAGGAUGAGGAAGCGGAUAAGGAGAAGCAGAAGAGGGAGUCGGAAGAAAUGGGAGAUGCUAUGAAGUCUUUGGAGAAUAGAACAUUGGAUUCGAAGAGAGAGAUGGAUAUUCUUGCGGCUUUGGAUGAGAUGAAGUCCAUGAAGUCCAGGCAUGCCACUGUGAGUGUGGAUGAGAUGUUGACGGCUUUGCAGCAUACGGUUGCGCACAAGGAGGAAAGGAUAGAAGAGGAGGAUGAAGCAAUCUUAAAAUCAAUUGUAUUCCAUAACUCAAAAGAUUAUGUUCGAAGGAUUCAUGAUGAUGAUUUAGAUGAUGAUUUAGAUGAUGAUGAAGACUUAUUAGAGCCUUUUAGCAGCAAUGGUGAAACGUCUAAUCAUCUGUCAAAGAGACAAAAGCUUACUCAAGAUAAUAGCAAACCAACAGAUUCAUUGACAAAAACCAGUAUUUUUGAUAGCUCAAGCAGCAGAGGAAAACAGAAUGGUUCAGAAGAUACUAAAAUCAUUUUCAAGUCUCCAACUGUUAGGCUGUCUGUUGUUAAGAAACCAGUGGUGGCUAAAGUUAACAAUUUGGUGAAGGUAGAAGACCAGAAACAAGUUGGUGAGGAGUCUAAAAGUUUGACUGAACCAGAUGAGAAAGAACAGGACGGCGAGAAUAAUAUCAACAGUGGAAGCAACGUAUUACAAUCAUUGUGCCAAAACUACAACAGUGAUGAUAGUGAUGAGUAAAUACUGAAUUGGUGAACGUCUGUGGACAGAUACUUGAAUCGAAGGCCUCUCUUGUACUGAUUUUUCAAAAAAAAAAAAAAAAUCAUCGUGUAUGUUCAACAUGCUGUUUCAAUCAAACAGUGUCACUCAUGUUUGCCUCUUGGUAAUUCCUAAUACAAGGAUACGUAUGUGAUUAUGAAAAACCAGUUUUGGUCUUUUCUGUUUACAGAUUGUUUGUUCUGUUUACAGAUUGUUUCAAUCAAACAGUGUCACUCAUGUUUGCCUCUUGGUAAUUCCUAAUACAAGGAUACGUAUGUGAUUAU